CCAGAAUUCAGUUUAAAUGCAAUACCAACGCGAAGGAAGCUUUGCUUCAUAAUUAUCACCUCUUUCUCUAUCUGCUCUCAGCAGCCAUGGCCUUCUGUGGUGGUACCUUUGUUAAGCCAAACCAUUCUUUCUCCCAAACCCACAAACCCAAAGCUCCAACUCCAUACUAUGAUACCAGAAAAAAGUUCUGCGUGAGAGUUUCAGCAAGUGACUCGGGUGAAGUCGAGAAGACUGUUAUCAGGAAAGAGAAAGAUGGGUGGAAGAUCAAUUACUCAGGAGAGAAACCUCAAACACCAUUGUUGGACACAGUCAACCACCCAAUUCAUAUGAAGAAUCUGUCCACUCAGGAUCUAGAGCAACUUGCAGCAGAGCUGAGGGCAGAUAUUGUGCACAGUGUGUCAAACACUGGUGGGCAUCUUAGUUCAAGCUUGGGAGUGGUGGAGUUAGCAGUGGCUUUGCAUCAUGUUUUCGACACCCCUGAAGACAAAAUUAUAUGGGAUGUUGGUCAUCAGGCAUACCCACAUAAGAUUCUUACAGGUAGAAGGUCCAGGAUGCACACCAUUAGGAAGACUUCGGGGCUAGCAGGUUUUCCUAAAAGGGAUGAGAGUACUCAUGAUGCUUUUGGGGUAGGACACAGUUCUACAAGCAUAUCUGCUGGUCUUGGCAUGGCUGUUGCACGUGAUCUACUGGGGAAGAAGAACAGCAUCAUAUCAGUGAUAGGGGAUGGGGCAUUGACAGCAGGCCAAGCUUACGAGGCCCUGAACAAUGCUGGGUUCCUUGAUUCUAACAUGAUAGUAGUACUUAAUGACAACAAGCAAGUCUCUUUACCAACGGCCACACUUGAUGGCCCCGCAAGUCCUGUCGGUGCCCUCAGCAGUGCUUUGAGCAAAAUUCAAGCGAGUACAGAAUUCCGCAAACUCAGAGAAGCUGCAAAAAGCAUCACCAAACAAAUUGGAGGACAAACACACCAGGUUGCAGCCAAAGUGGAUGAGUAUGCAAGAGGCAUGAUCAGCGGUUCUGGAUCUACAUUAUUUGAAGAACUUGGCUUAUACUACAUAGGUCCUGUGGAUGGUCAUAACAUUGAAGAUCUGGUCACCAUCUUUGAAAAGGUCAAAUCAAUGCCUGCUCCAGGUCCAGUUUUGAUUCAUAUUGUGACAGAAAAAGGGAAGGGAUACCCCCCAGCAGAAAAAGCAGCUGAUAGAAUGCACGGGGUUGUAAAGUUUGAUCCAAAAACAGGGAAGCAGUUUAAGGCAAAAUCCUCAACACUUUCAUACACACAGUACUUUGCUGAGUCUUUGAUACAGGAGGCUGAAAUAGACGACAAGGUAGUGGCCAUUCACGCAGCAAUGGGUGGUGGUACAGGCCUAAAUUAUUUCCACAAAAGGUUUCCCGACCGCUGUUUCGAUGUGGGGAUAGCUGAACAACAUGCUGUUACAUUUGCUGCUGGGUUAGCUGCUGAAGGCCUCAAGCCCUUUUGUGCCAUUUAUUCGUCAUUCCUGCAACGUGGAUAUGAUCAGGUAGUCCAUGAUGUUGAUCUUCAAAAGCUACCUGUUCGAUUUGCCAUGGAUAGAGCUGGUUUGGUUGGAGCAGAUGGACCAACGCAUUGUGGAGCUUUUGAUAUCGCCUACAUGGCUUGCCUGCCCAACAUGGUGGUCAUGGCUCCUUCUGAUGAAGCUGAACUGAUGCACAUGGUUGCAACAGCAGCAACUAUAGAUGACAGACCAAGCUGCUUCAGAUUUCCAAGGGGAAAUGGAAUUGGAGCCACUUUGCCAAUUAACAACAAAGGAACCCCACUUGAGAUAGGAAAAGGCAGAAUUCUGAUGGAAGGCAGCAGAGUUGCUAUCUUGGGAUAUGGUUCAGUAGUCCAACAAUGCAGGCAUGCCUCGGAAUUGCUUAAAGAAGUAGGCGUUAAUGUGACAAUCGCUGAUGCUAGGUUUUGCAAACCUUUGGAUACCGAUCUCAUCAGGCUACUGGCUAAAGAGCAUGAAAUACUGAUCACGGUGGAAGAGGGUUCUAUCGGUGGUUUUGGAUCACAUGUUUCUCAAUUCUUGAGCUUAUCUGGUAUUCUCGAUGGACCUGUAAAGUGGAGAGCAAUGAUGCUUCCUGACAGGUACAUUGAUCAUGGGUCACCCCAGGAUCAGGUUGAAGAAGCAGGGCUUUCAUCAAAGCAUAUUGCGGCCACAGUCCUGUCUCUUCUUCAAAGGCCAAAAGAAGUUCUUCUGUUCAAAUAGAAACGCGAAAUGGAAUGAGGAUCUCAACCUGGAACCUGAAAGAUGCAUUCAGUUCCGUCGGCAGUGCGGUUUACAGGAAGCUGUAAAUAGUUACUCUAGAAUUGUCGUUUAGGAUUCUCAGGUCGGGCCGAAGAAAUAGUAUGAGAAAUAAUGAGUUUAAUUUAUUCUUGCAGCUCGAGAAUCAA